AUGGAUGUUCUUAAUUUCUACAGCAAAAAUAUCAAUGGUGUUCAAGACCUUGUCAAAGGCGCUAAAGAGGCCAAAAGUAAUUCCUCCUCGAACCUAUUAUCAAAGGAACUCAAACCUAUAACUAAUAUUCCACCCAUGCCAAGAAAAGAUUCAGCUGUAGACUCCAAUUACUCAGCUUUGGCUUCACAACUUCAAGAGUGGACCGUUACACCAUCUAUGAAGACAUCCACUAGUAUGAACUCUCUGAAGUAUCAAAAUGCCGGACCUACUGGUCCCUCGUCUAGAUCCCAAAACCAUAUGGCUCCGAUCAGACCACCCCCACCUCCUAAUGGUCUUGGUAGUAACUCGCCCAGUCAGUUACCGAGCCUAACUAUUCCUUCAGGACCCAGGGAUGAUUCUAGCCCUCAUUCUCCUCAUACGCCUUCUCCAACGACUCCUUCACCUGUUGAUAGUAGACUGAAGCCUCUUCGAACUGCACCUUCUCAACCUCAGGGCCAUUCUCAAGUUAUCAAACCAAUUCAACCGUUGUCAGUUCAUAAAGCUCCAGCACCAUCAUCAUCUUCAUCAUCUUCGGCCAGUCAACAGCAGUAUUCUGGCUCUAGCUCUUCCAGCUCUUCAGGACCUCGACUUCGACAUGUUGACAGUUCUAAGAAUCUUGAUCCAUAUAGAACUGCCCCAGUACCUCCUUUGAAGACCAAGACCAAGAACCCCAGCUCAAGUACUUCUCAUUCUGGUUCCGGAGAGUCUGUUUCUCCUCCUAAUCAACAACAGCCUCCUCAACCUUCUCGUCAACAAUAUCCCUCUCAUUCUAAGCAUGGCACUCCUCAGGCUAGUCAAAACUAUCCAAGCCAACCCCAGCGUAAAGCCUCAAAUCCCAAGAACAUGGUCCCAGCAAGACCCGCUCCUGGCCCUCCAAAGCAACAUACUUCCCCUAUCAAGGCUGUACAUUCAUCGUCCAAAUCUGGUUCCAAGGGCUCCGGUACUUCAGGAUCGUCUAGUGCAGCAGCAGCUGCUGCCACUGCUGCUGCCGCAGCAGCUUUAGAAGGAUCCGGGAAGCGAAAGGAUGAGGUUGUUGAGAAACGUAUCUCAACAAUGACUGAAAGUCAAAUCAUGCAGAAAAUGCGAUCGGUCGUCAGUCAACAAGACCCUACACCUUUGUACCAAAAAAUCAAGAAGAUUGGCCAGGGUGCUUCAGGCUCUGUUUACGUUGCCAAGCCUCUUAGCAAUGCUCCCAUGGUGUUGACUCACCGUAGAAUUGCUAUUAAGCAGAUCGAUUUGUCGACCCAGCCUCGUAAAGAGCUUAUUGUUAACGAAAUCGAGGUCAUGAAGGACAGUCAACAUCCUAACAUUGUCAACUUCUUAGAAGCCUACUUGAGAGCACCAUAUGAUCUAUGGGUUGUCAUGGAGUUCAUGGAAGGUGGUCCUCUGACUGACAUUAUUGACAAUAAUGAUAUUUCUGAGGAUCAAAUUGCCACGAUUUGUUUUGAGACUUGCAAGGGUCUACAGCAUCUGCACCAUCAAAACAUCAUCCACCGUGACAUCAAGAGUGAUAAUAUGCUUCUUGAUGCUCAAGGACACGUCAAGAUCACUGAUUUUGGUUUCUGCGCCAAGCUGACUGAUCAAAAGAGUAAGCGUGCUACCAUGGUGGGUACUCCAUACUGGAUGGCACCUGAAGUUGUCAAGCAGAAGGAAUACGGAGCCAAGGUCGAUGUUUGGUCUCUUGGUAUCAUGGCCAUUGAAAUGUUAGAAUCCGAGCCUCCAUACCUUAACGAAGAGCCACUCAAGGCCCUCUAUCUUAUUGCCACAAAUGGUACACCAAAGUUGAAGAGACCAGAAAGAUUAUCCAAGGAAAUCAAGCACUUCCUGAGCGUUUGUCUGUGUGUGGACGUCAACUACCGAGCCUCGACCGAUGAGCUGGUCAACCACGAGUUCCUACGUAAAGGAUGUUCUCUACAAAGCCUGUCGUCUCUGCUGGCCUACAAGACGAAAAAGAAUAGUUCAUAA